UUCUUUUGUGCUCACUUCAUCUUGAAGUGUGAAGAGGAAUUACCCUUUUUACAAUUCGAACUUCUAGACAAUCUCACUUGUUCUAAUUUCAUUAAUAACAACACCCAACUUCCACUCUUUGAUUCAUUCACCCCAAACAAACACUCUUGAGAAUCUGUAGUUGCCUUGUAACGUGUAAGUAGAGUUAGGACAACAUCAAGAAUAUCUCAAGAUUUUCUUUUGUGUUCAUAGUAUAGAUUCAAAGGAUGUCAUCUUGUCUUUAGAAAGAAAGUAAAGCAUCGGCACAUUUAGCAUCUUGGUAUCUCCAUGUCCCUUAAGAGCUGUCUGGAAUAUUAAGUUCACAUGCUUCAUGGUCUAACUUGAAGAGAGAGAGAGAGAUGCUUGUAUGUAUUUUUAUAUAGCCUUUCUCUUUUGUUUUGUUACCAUCCAUUAAUAUAAUGCAAUACUGUUUAGAUUUCUCCCUAGGCUUCUCCACCUUUUCCCCCUUCACAGCCUGUCAAGCUUGCAUUAUUUUGAGCUCUCUUUGUUCUCAUUCUAAGCCAAGAGAUGGUUGGUUCAUUAGUGGGGAGGAAUUAUAUUAAUUCUCUCCUAAUUCAGGGACUCUUCCUUUGAAGAAGCCUCAGUUGAGAGCUUUGUUUCUUUGUUUUCUUUUUGUUUUUUGUUUUUUGUUUUUUGUUUUUUUUUUUGUAUGGUUUUCUUAUGGAUGUGGUGAAGAUUGGUAGGGAAGAAGAUGCGUCAUAACCAGUUGAAUCAGAACUUGAAGACAUGGGAACAGAACUACAUUCUCCGAAUUCUUUCCAUCCUAUUCUGAAGAGCAACCACCAUGUUGAUGGCAACCGGAUCAUUUCCAGAGAUAAACUUUUAAAGCAGAGCAGAAGCACUGGUUUUGGACAUCUUCCGGAGUUCAUGAAUAUGUCUCUCGGACAACACGAUCGAGAAUAUGUAAAGAAAAUUAUGAUGAAGCAUGAAGAAAUCUUCAAACAACAGAAGAUACUAAUGGCUGAGAUGAACAUUAAAAAGAUGAAGCUCCAUUCAAUCACAAAUGGCAGUGCAACAACUUCAGAGACCAGCCAUUCCUCAAACUGGAGUUACAGACUCCAGUCACCUUCUACUGUCCCUUGCUAUGGACAACCAUCAACUGCACAAAUGGCUUCUGAUCUCCGGCGGCCUGCCAUACAAUGCGAUGCUUUAACAGAAGCUGUCGCCGAUAACGAGUUGGAAGAAUGCGAUGUUGAGCUGACACUGAGUAUUGGAUGCAAUUCAAGUAAGACCAAAAAAGCACAGUGUCUACAAAAGGAUAACAAAUUGAUGAAUUCCCCUCAGGCAACACCAUCUAAAACAUUUGGUGAAGAUUGCAGUGAUCCCUCUGUGACAACUGAUAGAGAAAGCUUGGAAGAUUCCCCUUGGAUUUUCCAAGCUCUGAGUUUGAAGAGGACAUAAAUGGCUUCCUCAUGAGGAACCACAUUGAUCAUAUAUUUAUAUAUUUUUAUGGUGGAAUUAGAAUUUGUGUUGAGAGAAAGGGUGCUGAUUCUUUAGAUGUAAAUUGGUAUGCCAGUAAAAAUGAUGGUUUUCUUGGGAUGAGUUUUACAAGUCCCAAGGUUGAUUACAGUUAGUGCAGAACCAAUGGUAGAAAUAGAAGAAAUAACAAGUUGAGUGUGGAGUCUUGUACUUAAAACUAAUUGAGCCUAUUUACUAAUGAAAUUCUUUUGCAUGUAAA